AUGAUACGAUUGGCUAAAAAUAUAAAAAUUAAUAAAAAUUUAAAUAAAUUAGCAUCAAACUAUACAAUUAAUAAUAAUAACUUAUCUAAAUCAAUUAUUUUAAAUAGCAGAAAUAAUGGUACAAAUAAAGACAUUAAUGUAAAAUCAUUCACCACUUCCACCAGCACCAGUACCACAAACAAACCAAAUCAAACCUAUGUUUUUAAAGAUCUUAAUAUUUUUAAAAAUGUUAAAAGAGGAAAAGAAGGCGAUAUAAUACAUGGUUUCAAAGUUGUUAGAAUAAGAGAUGUGCCAGAAAGACAGUUUAAAACAUAUAGAUUGGAACAUAUAGAAACAGGUGCUAAAUAUUUACAUAUCGAUUGCGAAGAUACUAACAAUGUAUUCAGUGUAACAUUUAAAACCAUACCAAAAGACUCUACUGGUGUAGCACAUAUUUUAGAGCAUACUACACUCUGUGGUUCAGAAAAGUAUCCAGUUAGAGAUCCAUUUUUUAAUAUGUUAAAACGUUCAUUAAAUACAUAUAUGAAUGCUUGGACCGCUCCAGACCACACAAGUUAUCCAUUUGGUACACAAGAUCCAAAAGAUUUUUAUAAUCUUUUAUCAGUUUAUUUAGAUGCAACAUUCUUCCCAUUACUUAAAGAAAGCGACUUUAGACAAGAAGGACAUCGUUUGGAAUUUGAACAAUUGGACCAACCAGAAUCAUUAUUAAAAUUCAAAGGUAUUGUAUUCAACGAAAUGAAAGGUGCUCUUUCUGAUCCAUCCUCAUUUUAUGCCGAAGUUGCACAACAACACUUAUAUCCAGGUACAACCUAUGCACACAACAGUGGUGGUGAACCAAAUGAAAUUCCAAAUUUAACCUAUGAACAAUUAAAGGAUUUCCACGCUAAACACUAUCAUCCAUCAAACUCUUACUUUUUCAGUUAUGGUGAUUUAAAUUUCCUUGACCACUUAAAAUUCAUUCAAGAAAACUCAUUAUCUAAAUUUAAAAAAGACAAUUUAAUAAAUACAAAUGUUGGAAAAGUUGACCGUUGGACUGAACCAAAAAGAUUACAUUUUAAAUGCCCACCCUCAGCCAUGGAUAUUAAUCCAGAAAGAAAAUAUAAAUUCUCAAUUUCAAUUUUACACAAGGAAAAUAAAGAUUUAUUUGAAUCAUUAACCAUGCACAUGCUUUCAAAUUUAUUAUUAAGAGGAUCAAACACACCAAUGUACCAAUCAUUAUUAGAAAGUGGCUUAGUAUUAGAUUAUUCACCAAAUACAGGUUUUGAUGACAAUUUAUUAGAAUCAAGUUUUUCAGUUGGUGGUAUUGGUAUAAAGAAAGAAGAUUUAGAAUUGGUUGAAAAAACUAUUAUUCAAACAUUAGAGAAAUCAGCAGAAGAAGGUUUUUCAAGACAAGUUAUUGAAUCAAUUCUUCACCAAUAUGAAUUUGCCCAAAAGGAUGUCUCUGCAUCAUUUGGUUUGAAAUUAGUUGGUGCAUUAGCUUCAAGUUGGAUUCAUGGUAAUGACCCAGUUGACCCAUUAUUCUUAAAUGAAAGUAUUGCUCAUCUUAGACAAGAACUCGAUAAAAGCCCAUUCUUUGAGAAUAAAAUUAAAGAACUUUUAGCAAACCCACACAGACUUUACAUCACAAUGGAAAAUGACGAAAAUUUACAAAAAGAAGAUACCGAAAAAGAAAUGGAAAAAUUAAAACAAAUUAGAAGCAAACUCUCUGAAUCACAAACUAAUGAAAUUGUUGAAAUGGCUAAAGAUUUACAAAAUAGACAAAAUCAACAACAAGAUGUAGCCGUACUUCCAAAAAUCAACAUUUGUGAUAUCGAAAAGCAACAACCAAAAGUACCACAUCACGACACCACUCUUGGCUCCACUCCAUUACGUAUUUUAGAUCUUCCAACUAAUGGUAUUAGCUAUUUCCGUUCUACCAUUGAUAUCUCCUCAUUAUCACCAGAGUUAAAACCAUAUGUUCCAUUAUUUUGUUCAUUAAUCGAUGAAAUGGGUGCAGGUGAAUUUGAUCACAAACAAUUAGAUACCGAAAUGAACCUUUAUAUUGGUAAAUUUAGUGUUUCCCCAUUAAUUACAAUUGGUCAUAGCGAUUUAAAUCAUACUCAAGAAAGAAUCUACAUUAAAGGUGCCUGUUUAAACGAAAAUUUGGUUAAAAUGUUUUCAUUAUUACAAAAAGUACUCUUAGAAAAUAAAUGGAAGAACCCAGAUCUCCUCAAAAAUUUAAUUGGUCAAAAACAAGCAUCCCUCGUCGAAGGUAUCCCAUCAUCAGGUCUAUCAUACGCAAAAACCUUAAGUAGCAGUAAAUUUACAAGAGCUGGGGAACUUUCUGAACAAUGGAAUGGUCUUACUCACGUUAAAUUAAUCAAUGAUAUCGUAUCGAAAAAUGACAUGGAUUCCUUAAUUUCAAAAUUACUUCAAAUCAACGAAUUUAUUUUAGACAGAUCAUUAAUGAAAUGUUUAAUCACCACCGAAGGUAAUAACGUUGCAAACUAUACAGAAAAACUCAACGAUUUUAUGAAAGUAUUCUCAUACAAAAACACUGAAAUGGUUGUUAACACAAAGAAACCAGUUGAUCCAACAAAUGAUUCACGUUUCAAUUUCUUCCCAAUCCCAGCUACAGUUAACUAUAUUUCAAAAACACUUCAAUCUGUACCAUACACCCAUCAAGAUUCUGCACCAAUCCAAAUCCUCACUAAAGUACUCUCUGAGUAUCUCCACAAAGAAAUUAGAGAAAAAGGUGGCGCAUAUGGUGGUGGUGUUUCAGCUGAUGGCGGUAUUAUUUCAUUCUACUCUUACAGAGAUCCAAAUUUAGAUAAAACUCUUAAUGCCUUCAAUCAAUCAAUUCAUUGGUCAUUAAACAACAAUAUCACAACCGAAACUAUUGAAAAUGCUCAACUUUCAAUCUUCUCUGACUUUGAUUCACCAGAAUCACCAUCAAAUAAAGGUGUUGGUGAAUGGAUGAGAGAUAUCACUGACGAAAUGAAACAAACAAGAAGAAACAAUCUCCUUUCAAUUAACAAACCAAAAUUAGAAGAAAUCUCUAAAAACUAUUUAUUAGAAAACAAUAAUAAUUAUGUAACUGUUUUAGGUUCAAAGGAUAGCUCAGAUUUAAAUAAAUUCAAUAUUAAACAAAUCACAGUUUAA